CUCCCGUCCUGUACCUCCGGCCGGCUUUCACACUCGUAGUAGUUCUCUCCCUCGGCCUAGCUUCUUCUCCAUCCCUGUAGCUAGCUCCAAGCUGCGAGACAAACCGGGCCUUUUAAUUUCCCCUGACCGCCGUCUCUCUACAGUUGCUGUUGUGUCGUCCAUCGUCGUCCUGUGUGCGCGCGUGCUUUUGUGUGUUAUUGAUUUGAUCGGGCGGUCGGUCGGUCGAUGGGGCGCGCGCCGUGCUGCGACAGGGCCGGGCUGAAGAAAGGGCCGUGGACGCAGGAGGAGGACGAGAAGCUCGUCUCCUACAUCAAGAAGCACGGCCAGGGCAACUGGCGCACCCUCCCCAAGAAUGCCGGGCUGGAGCGCUGCGGGAAGAGCUGCCGCCUGCGGUGGACCAACUACCUACGGCCGGACAUCAAGCGCGGCCGCUUCUCCUUCGAGGAGGAGGAGACCAUCAUCCAGCUCCACAGCAUCCUCGGCAACAAGUGGUCAGCCAUUGCGGCGCGCCUGCCGGGGCGGACGGACAACGAGAUCAAGAACUACUGGAACACGCACAUCCGCAAGCGGCUCCUGCGCAUGGGCAUCGACCCCGUCACCCACGCGCCGCGGCUCGACUUCCUCGACCUCACCUCGCUCCUCAACAAGCACCACCACCCCGCGGCAACAAACGCCUACUACCCCACGCAGGCCGACCUCGAGGCGCUCCGUGCGCUCGAGCCGCUCGCCAGCUACCCUGCCGACCUCCUCCGCCUCGCCUCCACCCUCCUCUCGCCCCCAAACCAAGACCAACAGCAGCAGCAGCAGCAGAUGCUCCUGAUGCCUUGGCUGCAGAUCAUGGCCCAGCAGCAGCAGCAGCAGCAGCAGCAGGUGUCUGAUCAACGUGCCACGGCUGCAGCUGCGCACCAGCUGCUCAUGCAGCAGCCCUGCGGCCUGGCGGCGGGCCAGAUGCCAGGCCUGGUUCACCACGCGAACUUGCAGGAGGAUCACAUGGUGCCGGGCUGUGUCGUCGACUACGCGCAGCCCCCGGCAGCUGGUGCCUGCUACGACUACGUGCCGGCGCUGAUGCACAUGGUGUCCGACGCCGACGCGUCCAACAACAACAACAACAACCUGCAGUGGAGCAGCACGGUCGACACGGGUAGCAACAACAACGUCGGCUCCGGCGUGUCCACGCCGUCUUCGAGCCCCGCGGCGGGCCGGGUGAACUCGGCGUCCACGACAACGACGACGACAACCGCCUUCGGCGCCUUGAACGACGUGAUCGCCGCCGACGACGCCGACGCCGGGCUGUUCGACAUGCAACUGUACUCCGAUCUCCUGGAUGUCAGCGACUACAUGUAACGACCGAAAACCCAACGUACACGCGCGCGUAACCGAUCGAGACCGAGCUAGGGAGCAAAACACAUGCAUGAUGAUGAUCACGAGAGGCAAUUUUUGUACAGGGUUAAUUAAUUGUACCAUUUUUAUCCAGUUCGUGUGCAUGCAUCAGCAUCACUGGUUACUGUUAGAAGCUUCACCUGGAUUUUGUGGCUAUUGUUAUUUCGAUCUUGAAUUAAUUAGUCCAUGUUUGUGUGGUGCAUGUCAGUGUGGGGGGGAUCGUGGCAAAGGUGGCUUCAUAUGAUUGGUGGAGGCGGCUGCUAUCCCUCUCACUUGCAUCAUCGCCUUUGUCUCCAGCGAAGAAAAAAUAGGGUCACUACUCCGAUUGCU